GAGAGAAAGAGAGAGAGAGAGAGAGAGAGAGAGAGAGAGAAAUGUUUGCUGAUUGUCUGUUCUUGAGUUGAACUGUAUUGUUAGAAAUACCACUGGAUUUUCCUAGCUGUGUGAUGUGGAUGUGCAGUGUAGUGAUGCAGUGCCUCCUCUCUCUGCUGUCGGAGAACUCCCUGGCUCCAUAACACAUAAUCCUAAACUAAAGAGAAGUAGUGCCGUGAAGAAGUGAGUCUGAACAGAAGAAGGGAAGAGGUGAAGAGGUUCCCAACUUCAGCCUCUUCAGAUGGACUGUGCUCGGAAGGCUGUACAGAAUCAUUUUUUUUUGGCUUUAAACUCCAUCUGUUAUAUUCUGGAGCCUGCGCCACACCUUACCUCAGCUCACAGAUACCAUCCAACUCCUAAUACACUCCCAAUCAACUCUAAACACUCCAGACUCCGUUACGUGUAAAAGCACCCCUCCCUCUACUAUGGGCACUCCCACAUCUAUGGUACAUGGUAGCCACAGCAGUGCCAGUGGUCAGGUGGAGUGUGUUGUGGAGACGCCACGUGCUUCUCCAGCUCUAAACACUGACCAGUCUGAGGAAGGCAAAGCCAACACACGGCUCUUCUGCUAUCUCUGCAAAAUAGCCGUUAACUCGCCAUCCCAGCUAGAGGAACACAACAGAGGCACUAAGCACAAGACCAUUCUGGAGGCGCGCAGUGGUCUGGGCCCCAUAAAGGCUUACCCUCGCCUGUACUUCUCCUCUAACCCAGGCCACAGUGCUCAGGAACGCACAUUUCACUGUGAGAUCUGCAACGUCCGAGUAAAUUCAGAACCCCAGCUCAAACAGCAUAUAUCCAGCAGGAGACACAGAGAUGCAGUAGCAGGGAAGUCAAACCCACUAGUAGGCCAUCACAAGAGCCUCGGCUCAGCAGAGCUCAUGUACACUCUGUUAUCCCAUAAGGAUUUGCCCAAUUCAUUCAAUUAUGGCCUCUUACCCAAUACCAUGGCAGUUGCUGCAGCAGCCACUUCAUCCAAUCAGCUUGUACUCUGUACUGCUGGACCCUCACCACACCUGUAUCUCCCCAUCAUCCACACCACACAGUUUAAUCCAACUCUCCUACGACCUGCCCUCAGGUCCAUUUAUUCUUCCCAUAAGCCAGUCUUUUUCUCUCCUUAUUGAUGGACACCUGAGACAAAUCAUUACCUAUAAUUUUCAAAUCAUGUCACAGAGAGAGAGAACAUUACAGAGGAUCUCCUAGUGUGCAUCUGUGCUGAGCAUGUUCAUGGAGAGAGGGCUGGAGGAACACGACUGUGCCACUCAGGGCUGGCUGUAGACUUUUGAGAGCCCUAAGCAGGACUUUGUGGGGCUACACAUUUUAAACAAUCUAAAAAAUAAAAGCAGAGAGAAUAUAUUUUUAAGCAAAUAUUGUAAUGUCACAACAGUUAGCUUCCUAGUUGAUGUACUGUAUAAUUAGAGGUUGACGCUAAUAACAGUGACUACCAAAGCAGUCUAAAUUAUAUACAUUUAUAACUGGCUAAUCUGUGUAUUACUGAUGAUUGGAUGCUACCGCAGAGGGUACAAUAAGCUACGAUUUAAUUUACAGAUAACUUGCUCAGUCUUCUCUGUCCAGGAUUUCCUGCUUAGCCAGCUAACUUUAAGCUUUGUUGGAUCUAACCCUGGAAUUUCUGUUGGGAUACAUCACCAUGGCAACAUAUGCUGCUUGCCUAUCCUGCACCAAGGACAUUCGUACUAACAAAGUGGAGACAGUUUUGCCUUUUACUAUUAUAAAAGCUUUAAUUAAUACAUAUUUGCAUAGUAUGAUUUUUUUUCCUUCAUUGGUGGCAUAACAUUAAUGCUUCAAAUCAAGUAAACAAAGAAACAAACAAAAAACAUAACUUUCCUGCAUUUUCUCUUUUUCAAAAGUAACCUAAGCAACCAUGUAUGGCACUUAUUAGGUGGAGCCAGCAUUAGUGCUGCCACCUCUAAAUUAGCAUUAUCGCAACAAAUAGACAACACAACACAAAAUUCAAUGACCCGAUCACAUACAUUAGAUACUGCAGCACUAACAUACUCAUAUGCAAUUCAUGCCACAAUACACAAAUCUCUGUAUAAUCACUCCUGUAAUGAGGUUGCAAGUUUUUUAUACCAAGGACUUUAUUCCAGUACUUUGCAGUAUCAGUGCCACAACUGUAUGUAGCUGUUAAAGCAGAUAAAGCAGAUGAGUUGUUAGAAUAGAAUUUUCUUUGCUCUGCCCUGUGAUCACAUCAUGAGCUUAAUACACCCCUUUUCUCUUCUUGACAGGAACAAGAAGAAUAAAAAUAGGAUUUAUUCAGGUCUAGGCCACCCGUUCAUAAAAUGCUACAGUAAUAUUGGCUAAUGUUUUCUACCUACUGCUUCAUGCUAAAGACCUUGUUGGCUUGCCAGAUUUGCUACUUAGCUAACUGUACCAGCAGCAGACAUGUUACAUCUCAUUAUUUCACUGGUUUUGAUAAAUCAGUCUUCUACACCAUUUAAUCCAGAUCUUAUGCCUCUCCUCUCAUGUUGGUGAGAAAUGGGUACAAAUUCACUCCUCUCUCCAAACCUUUGGGAUAUUGGAUAUAUUGCUGCAUGACAUCAUCCUGUGGUGCAUUAUAUAUGAGCCAUGAAUGAGAUACCCAAGAGAAGAGUAAGGAAAGUGGAUGCUUAUGAUUGACUUUUAAAGCCAUCAUGAUUCUCUGUGCAAACGUUCCAACUUCUCUAUCCCUUCAGGUCAGAUGAACAAAUGAUUUGAACUCACUGAACUUAAUAAUAGCUGUGGUAAUGGCAAAGCUCCAAACAUCCUCUAGUAGUUUAUUCAUUCCUGAAACACUUGUGGUUUGUUCAUUUUUUUUUCUUUCUCACUUUUAUUUCAACUGAUUAAGUGUUGUUGAAAGUGAAAUUAAAUCUGCUUUGGUUUGUAUACA